GGAGAGUGCUGUGGGAGCCAAGUGGGCAUGGAAGUGUCUCUGGGGAGGAGGACCAGCACCUCAGUGUCACAGUCAGUGCCUGAGCGCAGAGCUCUGGAAUGCUGUGAAGACUCCCUGCCCAGGCACACUCCUCUCCGGAUUAUCUCCAUCCCAAGGAAGCUCGUGUCCAAGAGAGUUCCCGAUCUUCCACCAUGAAUCCUGUUUACAGCCCCGUCCAACCUGGGGCUCCCUACGGAAACCCGAAGAACAUGGCCUAUACAGGUUAUCCAACAGGCUAUCCCACCGCUGCCCCAGCCUACAAUCCCAACAUGUAUCCAACCAGCAGCCCUGGCUACGCCCCAGCCACACUUCUGAUGAAACAGGCCUGGCCCCAGACCUCCUCGUCCUGUGCCACUGAGGGCACCUUCCACCUCCCAGUGGACACUGGCACCGAGAACAGAACCUACCAGGCUUCUUCUGCAGCAUUCAGGUACACUGCGGGGACCCCCUACAAGGUGCCACCGACCCAGAGCAACAACGCCCCUCCUCCCUACUCGCCGUCUCCGAAUCCGUACCAAACGGCGAUGUACCCCAUCAGAAGUGCCUACCCACAGCAGAACCUGUACACCCAGGGAGCUUAUUACACCCAGCCCGUGUACGCGGCCCAGCCUCACGUCAUCCACCACACCACGGUGGUGCAGCCCAACAGCAUCCCCUCGGCCAUCUACCCGGCCCCGGUGGCCGCGCCCCGCACCAACGGCGUGGCCAUGGGCAUGGUCGCUGGCACCACCAUGGCGAUGUCAGCAGGGACCUUGUUGACCACCCCCCAACACACUGCCAUCGGAGCACAUCCCGUGUCCGUGCCAACGUACAGGGCUCAAGGAACCCCCACCUACAGCUACGUACCUCCACACUGGUAAACCACUGGCCAAUCCAUAUCCGGAGUCAAACAUUGUAUGCAACUACACAAGUCUUACAUCGGUGCUGCGGCCGCUGGGCUGCAGCGCCUUGUCUGUUUGCAAGAACAAAAGAAAAAAAAAGUGCAAGGGUCACUUUAUGCAUUCUUUAGUGGUUUUUGUAAAAGCUGCUUUUUCUAAUCUUCUGCCUCUUUUUUUCCCCCCUCCUCCCCCUUUCUCCUUCUCCCACAUGAAUUGUGUAACACACAUACUGACACUGAGCAAUAGUCAAGUUCUCUCUUUGGUCCUAUCAUUUGAAAGCUCAGAAUCUUCACUUUUCCAGCAUUGCCCAGCUGAGUGGUGCAAAGAUCCCCCCCACUUCUUGUUCGUUUGGGUUCUUUUUGUUAUUUUUCUGUUGUCGUCGUUGUUGACAAGAGCCUAGAUUUUUUUUGGCUAGUAAGAGUGGUUGAUGUUCAGGGUACUAUGUGAAAAGCACAGCGCUGGUAGGCAGGCUUAUUCCGAUUUGGUUUGGGUAUUUUUAGUUGAAGAAUAUAAAUUAUUCAAUCUUCCAUAACAUAUUACGAGAAAAUUGGUGUCUUCCAGAUAGCUGUCGUGAUAGAUUAUAAAUGCAUUAUCUGCAGUGGAAUUCUGAACUCAUCCCUUCUUUUUGUAGGAGUAAGAGAAUAUAAAUAUAAUUAGCAACGUAACACACUUGUCUUAGGAAGCACGAGGACUGGUCACCAGCGGGUCUUUGGUCUGCUUUUUCCAACUGGGCAAACGGAUCGUGGGUGAUGGGAAGGGAGCAGCGGGAAGACACGUGCCCUGGGAGCAGCUUGCACCUCUUGGGAAAGCGGGAUGCUCCCGCUCAGCCACAUCCUGGGGCGGUGGGAGGGAGAAGGCGGCUCCUUCCUUGCUGGCUGCUGUUUGCAGGCAGAGAUGUGCUGGGCAGCUGCCGAGGGAAGCAAGGAGAUGUCCAAAGGUAGGGCUGAAGAGCUUCUCCCGGUUCAGGGUUUGGUCUGAAGAGCUUCUCCAGAGUAUGGUGGUAUGGGAAAAGAGGGCAUCGGGUUGAGGGAGAUGGGUCUUCAAGGCAGGGCGAGGGGAAGAUGGGUGGCUUCAUCUUGCACCCAUGGUGUUGGCAAGGCUGAGACCAAACUGUGCUGCCUCUGUGGCAGUUGAGGUAUCCCCGUCCCGUUCUUCGGGUUACAGCUCCAAGACUUCCAGGAGAAAUGUUCAUCCAAGCACAAAUACCAGUACCAUAGAGGAAGGCCGGGGAGGGGGAUGAUGUCUGGCUGCUCUGCUUGGAGAGGUGGGAGAGGAGGAAGCAAUAGCAAUAAACAUGUCGCCUUCUUCACGGGAAGGCACCUGAGAAGAGGUGACAGCAGGGAAGGUGAUCCACAGUUGACAUGGACCAGGAUGGAGGACACCAGGCAUGCAGAGGCUGUGGACACCAGGGUUGUUUUGGGGGGGUUUGGCUUACCCUGGGACAUGGGGACAGGAAGCUGGUGACAUCCCACCUUGGGGUGUCCAAGUAGAGCAAUAAGUUGUCUCGAGGGCAGCAGAGGGAGUUUGGAUUUGCAGACAAUGCUUGUGGCCAGUUUGUUUUUAAAUCCUUGUCACUAAACCCAGCAUAGAAACAAGGUUUUUGGGAUUUUAUUGUUUUUUUGAGACAAAAGCUUGGUUGGGUUUUGAUUUUUGCCUCAAGUGUGCCAAAAGUAUUCCAUGCUCUCUGUGGUGUCUCCCAGCUUGGCUUCUGCUGCCACUGGGAGGAGCUCCUGGAGCUGCUUCCCUUGAGCACGGGCCAGAUGGGGAGUAACAAGGGAUCCCAGGAGGACUUUUUCUCCCACUGGCUGGUCCCAGGUGGUUUGUCAGGUUGGGUGUUGGCAUUGGCAUUUCUGUUUGGGGGUCAAUUUGGUUGAUUCUGCUGGUUUUAAAGGAAAUCUAGAGCAAAGCUCUGGUUGACCUCCUCAGCCUCAAAGGGAACAAAGUGGGGGAAGACUGCACAGCAGUGCUGUGAGGUGGGGAAGGGGCACCCUUGGGUUGUACUUCAGGUUUGUACAGAGGGAAAGGAAAAGGAAAAAAGAGAAAAAGAGCCAAUAAUCAGCGGGUUCCCCAUUUGGCUUGGCAAAGGCUAGGAUUAGUAAAGAGCAACAGGACCUUGGGAAAUAACACCACUACAUUGUCCUUCCACUGUUUGUAGCACGUUGCAGUUAAACCUGGGCCAAAAAACCCCCAGUAGAUCCCAGGAAGUGAAGACUUCUGAGGUCCCCUUUUUUCCUCUCAUGUUGACUUUGUGUUACGUACCAGGAGUUGUCUGUCAGCGUUGAGUCAGGUCUCCCAACGUAAUAGCACUCUGGUUUGCAGGGUCCAACGAGCUUUGGGAUCCCAGCCUGGGCUCUGCAAAGGACCUCUCCCAACAGACAUCCUCCCACCACUGUCCCAGGCACCCUGCACCACCUUAGGAACAACUGCUAAGUUUUGGCCGCUGUGUGGAAAGGAGAUGGGCUUUCUCCUGGAAGGAAAAAACAUUAAAGGUGGGGGAGAAAGCCCCAGGAGUUGAGUGUGGUUCCCACUGAUGAGACCUGACAUGGGGCAGUUGGGUUUUAAUUCCUUCACUUGGAUCAAUAGCAGAUCCAGUGCUCCUCACCCCAUUAUUCCCAGGCAGAAAUACUCAUUAACCAAGGUGUGGAGAGGUGAAAUAUUUGCCACCUGUUGCACCAGAGGCUUUAGUGAGGGCAUUGGUAACCAGCCUUGGGCCACUGUGUGGAACCAGGGCCACCACAUGGCUCUGGGACCACCACACGGUGCCAGGCUUGGGUAGCUCUUUCCCAAGGUGGCUUCAUGGGGCUGCCGUGGUGGUGGGGAGAUGCUUCCUGCCCUUUCCUUAAUCCCAAGUCCUUCCCUUGGUCACGUCAUGGCUUAAGUGAGGGUCAUGGGAAGGUCACAGUGGAGGCCACCAGCUUCUCAAAUAUUUCAUUCCAGCAAAGCUUUGCUGACAUUGGUCAAGGAAAAGGGCUUUCCAUGGUGAAGAAUCACAUCGGGCAUUAGUGGGGAAGAGCGGGAGGGGUUAAACCAUCCUUAGCAGCCACUGAAGUGUCUGAGAUUAAAAUUCCAGCUAAAGAGGAAGGAAAGUAACUCCAAACUAUUAACCCAUCCCUGCCCUUACCUGUGCUUUAAACACGAGCUGCAAUGCAAGAUUUGGGGGCAAAUAGGAUUUUAGUGAUGGUGGUGACCCCCAAACCCCAGGAGCCCCUUGCAGCCUGAAGCCAUCACGCCUCCAAGUGGCUGAACCCUCCGGGCAAGGAUUUGUUCCUGCAUUUUAUGAAUAAUAAAUCACCCAGUUCAGCAUUGUUGCAGUUCUGGGAUGUAAUUCCCAGGAAGCAUUAUUUAAGGGGUUUGUUUUAAUGGGGGGUGUUCAGAGCAUUGGGUUUUCCUCCAACCACCGGCCUCCCGCCGAACCUGGUCCUUCCCCAAGAGACACCCCCCUUUGCUGCCCCCUUCCUCUCCUCCUGCAUCCCCGCAGGCAAUGUGGGAUGAUGUGGUUCCCAGCUGGGGGGCAUGAAAUGGGAUCCUGGUUUUUUAGGGGGGUGCAAAACAACAUCUGAGGCUUUAUUUUGGGUAAAAUCCAACCAGCCAACAAUAGCAAUAAGAGCUGCUGGAUACCCAUAAAUCCAUGUGGUUUUGGUUUAGGUUGUUUUUUGAAUUGCCAAUGUUUUCAGGCCCUCCAACUCUCAUCCCCAAACUGUGGUGACCCUCUGCCCAUCUUCCGUUCGCUCCUGAGCCAGGAUCAGCCUCCAAAUAUUUUCUCCGUUGUGCGUUAGCAUUCCCUUAGGGAAAAAAGGAAAAUAAAUACGGAGCUUGGGAUGGAGGAAACCUUGGAAAAGGUGUUUUUGUGGCAUGUUGCACCAUGGCACUUGGAGAUUCUCUGGCAUUCAGGUAAAAGAACUUGUGGGAAUGUUUGCAGGGCAGGAAUAGCAAAAUACGUGGUUUGACAGGAGUGAUUCCUGUUUGGAAACGCUUGAUUGUGCUGCUUGUAGGGAAUAAUCUUGAUGCAACAUGGCCACCUGCAGCCUCCCUGCAUCCUCCUGCAAGGGAUGGAGCUGGGAGAUGGAAUUUUCCUGGGGGCAGAGGGGUUCAGGAUCAGGGGAGGGAUUUGUAGGGAAGCAUGGUGAGGUGCAGGAUCACACCCAAACCCUCCCCUUCCCACAACACGGCCUCAACCCACGCCAGGCUCCCACCCCUCUUUCUAUGUAAUUAAUUUUUAAAUUAAUUUUGACCACCAGACUAGCUCAUUUUUAAGUACUAUUGGACCUCUUAAAUAAAAAUAAAUACCAAAAGAAAUUCCCCAAAAGAAAAAAAAAAAAAUUAAACCCAAGAGUAACCACGUCUUCCAAGUCUAAAUCUCACAGGUGUGUAGGGAACAUGGCCUUGGACUGAUGCCCUGGGAGCCCCACAGCCUCAGUUUGUCCAUCAGAAGUGUGAAUUUGGGGUUAUUUUCCCGUUUGUUUUCUGUUCUGGUUUUGGUUCUGAAGAUCAGGUCGUGAUCUCCCUGACAGAUUUCAGCCAAGAGUUUGUAACUGUACGAUAUUUACUGUAAGAUGUAGAACAUUCGGUAACUAUUAAAAUGUUUCCAAAAAAAAUUAAAUAAAUAAAUAAAAGAG